AUGGCCGAAACUACCAAGCUCCAGCUGUUUGUGAAGGCCAGCGAGGAUGGCGAGAGCGUGGGGCACUGCCCGUCCUGCCAGCGGCUCUUCAUGGUCCUGCUCCUGAAGGGGGUGCCCUUCACCCUCACCACGGUGGACACGCGAAGGGCACUGGACGUGCUGAAGGACUUCGCGCCGGGCUCGCAGCUGCCCAUCCUCCUCUACGACGGCGAGGCCAAGACGGACACGCUGCAGACCGAGGAGUUCCUGGAGGAGACGCUGGGGCCGCCCGAGUACCCAGCCUGGCACCCCCGCUACAGGGAGUCCCACACUGCCGGCAACGACGUCUUCCACAAGUUCUCCGUGUUCAUCAAGAACCCGGUGCCCGCACAGGACGACGCCCUGUACCAGCAGCUGCUGCGCGCCCUCACCCGGCUGGACGGCUACCUGCGCACCCCGCUGGAGCACGAGCUGGCGCGGGAGCCGCAGCUGCGCGAGUCCCGGCGCCGCUUCCUGGACGGGGACCAGCUCACGCUGGCCGACUGCGGCCUGCUGCCCAAGCUGCACAUCGUGGACACCGUGUGCGCGCACUUCCGCCAGGCGCCCAUCCCCGCGGAGCUGCGCGGCCUGCGGCGCUACCUGGACGGCGCGGCGCAGGAGAAGGAGUUCAAGUACACGUGCCCGCACCGCGCGGAGAUCCUGGAGGCCUACCGGCCGGCCGUUGCGCGCCCGCUAGCGCCCCUCCCCACCCCCCCACCCGACGGCAGCCCCAUAAAGGCAUCUCGGUCCCCAGUGAGUGUCCUGAGCAUCUGA